AUGAUAAUCACUUUUUUUAAAUUUUGUUUAUCUAUAUUAGAUUUUUAUCAAUUGACUAAUUCAACAUCCGAUUUUAAAUCACGUUCCAAUGAUGUAUUUGAUAAAUUAACAAAUCUCGAAAAACAACAUGAUAUACAUACGAAAGUGAAUACUCCUAUAUCCGUACAUGAUGAUGAAGCACCACCACCACCACCACCAUCAUCAUCAUCAUCAUCAUCUGAUCAAAAUCCAAAUAUUCCAAGUCAUGCAAUUACAUUUAAAAAACGUCCCGCUGAUGAUACAUUUGCUCGUCCAACAAAUAAAUGGAAAAAAUACGAUUUAGAUGAUGUCAAUGCACAUCAUCUAAGUGAUACGGGUAAUCGACAUGCAUUAAAUGAUUAUCUUCGUACACGUGUUAAACCUUCAAACACAGACGAAACUGAAGAAGAAACUCCAGCAAAACCAAUAUUUCAACGUCCAAUGAAAAAACAAAUUUUAACACACGAUAAUGAGGAUGAUGAUGAUAAUAAUAAUGAUGAUCAUUUUAUACCUGUACGUGUACCACUACCUUCAAAUACAACUGAAACAAAGACUGAAAAUGAUAAUGAUGAUGAAACAAUCAAAUAUAAAUUAAAAUCUGUUCGUAAACAACCUCGUGGUGUUUUAAGUACAAAUGAAAAAAAAACAAUUAAACCUUCAAUUGAACUUUUUCAAGAAAAGGAUAAUGACGAUGAUGAUGACAAUGAUGACGAAGAUGUUGAUGAUGAACUUUUUGAACCUUGA